AUGUGGAUGCCAUAUGAAGAUAACCAGAAGUCGGCUGAAAUACUUUUUAGCUUUUUGAGAGCUACAAAACUGAAUUCGAAAACCGCCGAUACAUUAUUCCCCCUUUUGGUAAAAGCAAGACGCAACUUAAGUUUAUUUCAACACCAUGAUGGGAUAACAGGCACUGCAAGAGCAGAAGUUGUUGCCGAUUAUGGUGACAAAUUACUGAAUGCACUUAAAAGUUGUGAGAAAAUAAUUUGUAAAACGACCGAAAUAUUGUUAGGCAGUCAAAAAGUGGACGAUACACAACCUUUAAAAUCAUUUUUGACAAUGGAAUUGAAACCCGACUUUUUUGUUCCAUUGACGUUUACUUUUCAGAAUAACAAUCGCUUUUCUUACAGUUCUUUACCACUGGAUGGAACCAUCCAUUCUAAUAACAAUAUAAUACUUUUCAAUUCUUUGGCUCAAGUUCGUCAGGAAGUUGUGUGUAUUAAUGUAAAUUCGCUUAAUACAAUUAUUCAACGUGUCAAUUCUCAAAACAUUGUUCCUCAACAAAUAGGACCUGUUUUUAAUCUCACUAAUUCAAAAUUGGCAGUGAUUCCUGGGAUUUUUGAGUUAUGUUUCCUUGCCACAGUCCCCGCUCUUGGUUUUGAAAGAUACCAUCUCAUUAUUACAGAAGAAAAAAACCGACGAGCUGUAAUUAUGUCCGUGAAUAAUGCUGUAAACUUAAGUGGUUUCAAUGUAUCCAUAAUAAAAGAAAAACAGUUCACCUUAAACAAUGAAUAUUUCACCGCGACUUUUGAUUCGAGCACUGGAUAUCUGAUGCCACACCCCGCAGUAUUGGGCACGUUUCAGUUGACAAUAUUUUAUCCAGAUCGAUUUCACUGGAAUUUCGCCAAAAUGUCAGUUGAUUUGGGUUUAGAUUCCUCAUCGGUUGCGAAAUGA